GGCACAUCUACAGCAGACCCCUGUUGCUGCGCUACCUUGCUGGCGACUGUCAUUGGCCGAUGGAGGGGUUCGAGAUGGCUGCAACGGGCACCUUGGGGGGUUCAUGAACCUCUCUGGCGCAUUCUCAUCCUGUGGGCUCGACUUGGCCACUGGCCAGAGAGGACCCAGGGCGUUGACCCUACAUUUGAGCUCUUGUGUUGUGUGCCCAAGAAUACCAGGCGGUCCUAAAUGGUCAGACCAACAACGGCUUCCCCCAUGGUCAUUAUUGGUGAGGCCCAGGAGAAGGAGGGCUUCCCCGGUGAGCAGCCCGUGUUUCGCAGACUGCAUGUCGGUAUAUGCGCCUUGCAAGGCAAGCAUCAAGCUUCUUCUUCUUCUUCGCGACUGUAAACAACGACUGUAAACAGCGUCUGUCUUGGGUGUCUGGAAAACACUUGACGGAUUUUAGCCGCGCGCAGAAGAAGAAAAGAGAGCGGUCUAUGUAUCGUCUCGAUCGACCGGAAGGCGAAUUAAAUGAUCUCUCAGAAACUGGUAUUCGUGCAGACAGUUCUCGACACGCACAACCUUACCUCCAAUGCAGCGGGCCUUUGCCUUGACUGCUCCUGCUGGUGCUUGCUACUUCGGGAGACUGCGCCAUCGCAUGUUUUGGGACUCUACUCCUGGGAAGAGAGAUAAGAAGGAAUAAUACCUAAGAAAACAGGACCUGGCACACAGAGAGAUGACAGCCAAGUCUUGAAUCGGAAUGUGCCUGCCCUGAAAGAAUAUCGCACAUUUCUCAGAUCUCGGCGCAAAGCGGAAUGCGCCCCGAAUGCGCUCUGCAUGAUACAAGAGACCCGAAACAACAAAGCAAAGCAGCAGCAGCCACUGCUGUUCUUUGCUCUGCCUUCUGUCUCUUGCAGUCUUUGGUUUCUCCCAUCAUCAGAAGAGAAGCUUCCUGAAAAUAGAUGCACUGGCAGGGGGAGUGUGAGUGACCCAGGCCAGGUUGGCAAAAGCCAUCUGGUGAUCAGUGACCGGGAAGCUUGCCAGAGGUGAGGUAAGGUUAGGUGCGGUCAGUGUGGAUUACCACGUCUGCAAGCGCUCCGCUGGCUGGGUGGAUGGCUGGCCGUGCGAAAAGCGCCCAGUUGGCAGCUCCUCGCACCCUGGCGCAAGGGCUAGAUGAGGAUGCGAUCGGGGGGAGCGCAAGGCCGGAAAUUGCCCAAAAUCACAGAUAUCAAGAAUCCAUUCACAAUACCUUAAGCCAGUCCAGCCUGUUCCAUCUGUUCCAGUCCAGUUUGUUCUGCUGUUCUGCUGUUCUGCUGUUUUGCUGCUCUCUCCAUUGUGUCUCGGUGGCACAGUGUCGAGGACUGCCCUGAACGGAUCCGCGCAAAGGUCAGGCAGUUUGGUGUGCGGGUGUGCGAUUACCGGCAUCUGCUCUUUUAAUGCAGAUUCUUUGCGACUCCUCCGUUCUCUUCCUCGCCCACAACCUCCGAAUUGCUCAACCCGGUGCCAUCAAACCAACCAAGUUCCUCUGCUCAGUUCCUCCACGACACCACCGCUUCCCCAACCUUGCCAUCCAACAACUUCCCAACACCGUCCGGCACCACCCCAGCAGCACCCACAAGAGUCGGCUGGGUCCUUGCGGCACUGGCGGUGACCUCAAUCAAGGAUAG